AUGAGGAACAGUACUGCUCUCUUCGCCUUGUAUAUAGAGAGCAGCGAUCGGAUGGCGAAUGCUACUCGGACCCUGACUUUCUUGCUCGAGAACCUUCCUGGUAUCAGCAUAAUCAUCAUAGAGGUCGGGCGUCCGAAGCUGAUGGAGCUCGUCCGAAAGCUCAAUAGUGAUCAUGAUGAGCGAAUAGACUACGAAUUCAUACCUGACGAGAACCCCAUCUUCCACCGGACCAAGUAUCUCAAUAUCGGCUUGCGUAAGGGGAGUCAACAGCAGCAAGGAGAAUCCUUACUGGCAAGCCGGGGAGAUGCAUUUCCGCUACUUGACCCGUCUAAACGCAGAACAAACGAGAGAGUACUAUGCACCCAAGAAGAUCGAGCUCACGGUAGGAUCCAGCGAAAGUUUUCGAGGCGAGAAGCAAACGGGGGCAUGAGUCGGACAAACUUAGUCAUCGUAGCUGCGGGCGAUCAUUCGCUGCAUCUGGAAUGGUUCUUCGCAGAGCGGUCGUUCGACCUGUGGGUGAUUUACUACGGAGAACGCGAAGAGGUGAGGAGCAAGUACGAGUCCUCGUGCGAUAGAUUCUUCGUGGAGAAAGGCCUAAAGUACGAGAUACUCAGGAAGGUCUUGACAAAGGUCGGUGAUGACGUCCUGAAUGCUUACCGAAACGUGUGGCUCCCUGACGACGAUAUAGAGAUGUACUACGGGCAAGAAAGCGUGGAUACGAUGUUCAAGGUAGUAGAAGAGACGGGGGCUGACAUCUUCCAGCCAGCGAUCGGAAAUGUUCUCACCCACCCGAGAGCGGUCCAGCACUUUUACUCUUCGGGAUGGUCCGGCAGCCUUCUCUUGAAGAAUGCCUUGUACCAUACGGUGACAAAGGUCGAGAUCAUGAUGCACGGAUUCGGCAACCAUACGUUCGUGCCGGUCUUCAUGCGAGCCCUGCGAGACUACCCAGAUCUGAAGGCUGGUUGGGGCCUGGAGGACGUCCUCCGAGAAUACCUCAAAGAAGCGAAGCGGGAAAACGGGCUUACCGUGGUAUUGGACUGCGUUCCUGCCAUCCACACCAAGGCCGUGAGCGAACACUCUGGCCUCCAUGCUAUCGGCCUCAAUGAGCUGGUUAAGAUCCCAAAGGACAUCUACAAGCCCCAAGAAAUCCUGGAGGUCUUCAUGGACCAGAACCGCAGCACAAAUGAAGAGAUCAGAAUGUGCUGA